ACUGGCGGAGCCGUUCACUACUACUACUAGUAGUAAAAGCCCAUCUUUAACCUGAUACUAAUAAGAUCCCUUCUCACGACGAUUCAAGGCUGAAUCGGAAGGUUUGGCUAUCCGUCUCCUCCAACGCAUUAUUCCCCAUCCGAUCAUAAACCCUCCUUGGGCUCGCUUUACGAACACGUUUCGAUGUCGUCUUCUGCGUCGCCCAACGACGACUCUCAGCCUGACAAGGGUCCCCUUGGCUCGCUGAACCUCAACUUUCUAAAGUCGUUGAACGACAAGAAGACCACCCGCGAUGGUAAUCCUCCAAAGCGGCGAGGACCUAAACCCGAUAGUAAGCCGGCGUUAACACGCCGGCAAGAACUGAAUCGCCAAGCACAGAGGACACAUCGGGAACGCAAAGAGCUAUACAUAAAGGCACUCGAAGACGAGGUACUGCGGCUUAAAGAGAUCUAUACCAACGUCUCGCAAGACAAAGACAAGCUCGCCGAGGAAAACCGGCAGCUCAAAAUCCUGCUGCAGCAGAACGGCAUCUCGCACAGCCCGGGAGGCGGUGUAGACGACGUCGGCAGCAGUCUGAGCCCCGGGUACACGUCUAACGGGAGCAUCUCGGGCGGCUACGGGGCGGGAAGCUCCAACACCGCGUACACGCCGGGCAUGACGUCGAUAUCGAGUCCGAACUCCAUGACGGCGCCGUCGUCGCAGGGGCUAGGCGGGCAGCAGCAGCAGAAGCAGAAGCAGGGCCACCACGUAGAUUACGAACAGGCUGGGAUAGAUUUCGUCUUAACGCUCGAGCGACCGUGUAUGGACCACAUGCCGUGGCUGAUCGAGCGAGCGCAAGACACGAGCGGCGACGCGGCGGGCCACGCGCUCAUGGCGUCGUGUCCGCCGGAGCCGUUCCCCGAGCUAAGCGACGAGAUCCCGUUCGGGUACUCGCACACGCACGGCGACCGGGGCGAGGCGCCGUCUCGCCAGCGCACGUGGGAGCUGUCCAAAGGCGAUCUGUCGACUCUCCUCGAUCUCAGCACCAAGUUGAACUUGGACGGCGAGAUCACGCCCGUCAUGGCUUGGGGCAUGGUUCUGUCUCAUCCGAAGCUGAGGGAGCUGAAGAGCGAGGAUUUGGAACGGUUGGUUGAUGAUCUUAAGGGCAAAGUCCGUUGUUAUGGGUUCGGAGCUGUGCUGGAGGAGUUCGAGGUGCGAGAUGCGCUUAAUGCCGUCUUCUCCGCAAAGUCGGAGGUGGGCGUGGCUUAUUAGGGGACGGGCCGUUUAAGUUUUUAAGGUUUGAGUUUUUUGGUUUCUUUUUAAACGACAUUAUAGGUAGUUUGUUUUAUGCAUAGGUACCUACAUAUAUAAAGCAAUGAUAAUGACGAUGGUGGUUGUUAUUACGGGCGAGUAGAGCUAUGAGAGAUGACGGGCAGAACGCAUUCUAUGUACUUGGGUACUUAUAAGUUAUAUACUAGAGGUAUAAUAGUGUUGAAAUACUAUUCUAUCAAUGUUUUAAGGAAUUGAUGAUUUAUAUGUAGAGAGACUAUAUAUGGGGUGCUUUGUUCA